AUGUCUGCUCCUCUAAAUGUAGUCAACCCUAAGCCCUUCUUGUCCAGCAUUACUGGAAAGCAGGUAAUCGUCAAACUGAAAUGGGGUAUGGAAUAUCGGGGUUAUCUGGUUUCAGUGGACAGGUAUAUGAACCUCCAACUUCAUUCUGCAAAUGAGUUCAUCGAUAAUUGCCAUACAGGGGCACUUGGUGAAAUUCUUAUAAGAUGCAACAACGUUCUUUAUAUUGCUGAAUCAGACGAGGAUAAGUCUAUGGAGCCUGAUAUGUAA